CAUUCACAAGGCAACCCCACAGAGGGCACACGGCAAAGAAUGCUGCCUGUUCCAAAGGUUGACGAGCACCAACAAGUGCGCCAUCGACUUUCUUUAAGGAACAGCUGGGAGCAGCCAAGAGCACCGGCGCUCUCUGCCCACCCCAUGCACAGGCAAGAGAGGACCUUUGUAAGACUAUUUCAUAACAGAUCCAAAAAAGAAAGGGUUUUUGUUUUUGGGAGGGAGGGUAGUUGUUUAAAGGGGUGGAGGAAGGAAGGUUUACUGGAGAUGCCUCAGAGCAGGCAGAGCAGACUCAUAACUAGAUUUAGAGUCCUGCCUAACCUGUUUUGUGGUAUGUACUGUUUAACUCUGCUCUUUCUUUCCUUCCCUCCCUCCGUCCUUUCUUGGCAAGAAGAUCCGCAGCCCCUUUUCCUCCUCUCUCUUUCACACAUUUCUAAGAGGCUGCGCUGUGUUAAAGUGACGUUUCAAAAGAAGCCCAUCAGACUGCCACAAAUGUUUAUUAAGGCAUACAACAUCUAUAUUUCGUAGCACUGAAUUGUUCCGCACGUUUUGCUUUCAUAAGUUCCUUUAUCCCUCUUAGCCACCUCUCCUACUGCGAAAACCGAAGGUUCUCAAAUAAAACACCUUUUUUCAAAGUAAACCUUUUUUAAAAACUGUUCACCGCUUUGAGACUUUUUUUUUUUUUUGCAGUAAGCGACAAAUAAAUAUAACAAGUCUAGCCAGUCCGAACUUGCAAACCACCCCACCUCCCAUGCAGUAAAAGAAAACAAACCUUUCCUUUAGCAUUGCAAGGGCACAUGCAUGUAUAUAUGUCAAUGGAAGGAAGGGGAGGGGGGAAAUAAGAGGUUUGCCUACUUAACAAGAAACUGCUAAACUUUACCACAGGACACAACAGCAGAGAAAAGAGGGCAUUCUAGUGAUGGAAAGAGGAAGAUGUUCAGCAGCUGUUAAGCAGCUGACAUCAAUCAUGGCAAUGGAGCAGUUAACAACAACAAAAAACGAGAGCAGAGGAGGAGGAAAGAGGAAGGUAGGAAAUAAAGAGGCUUCUCAAAGCCUAGUAAUGUUAUUUGAAUGCACUUCAGAGAUGCUCAGUGCAAAAGCUGAGCUGGACAGAAAGCUAGGCACAAAGUUCUAAAAGCAAGCCUCCGUACCAUUCAAAACCCAUCAGGCUGAGGCCCAGUUUCUGAGACCCACUUUGUUACAAUUCCCAGCAUUACAGCCCAGAAUCUGGAGUAACACAGCCCCACAGCUCUGCAAAGUUACCCCUUUCUCCAGGUGUUCAUGGCUUCGCCAUGGAGCUAUUUAUUGCUUGAGGCCCUUUCGCUCCUUUUAUCGUUUUUUCAAUGAAAAGCAUGACGAUGGUCUCUUGGGAUCCAGGACGCUGCUUCAGCAGUCCAAGCCCUACACAAACAGAGCUCUGUGUGUGUGUGUGUGUGUGUGUGUGUGUGUAACAGAGAUCCAUGGUAAAGCUCAUAGCGGCAUGGUUCAGGGGUCACCCUAAGCUGAACCAUGGUUUGGAACAAAUGUGUGAGCUCCUGGAAAGGAGAUCACAGCAGCUUUGCUGGUCAGCAGUCAUUUUACUGCCGUUCCACACUGACAGUGCCAGGUGAUCCAAUCCUAAAUCACACAAUUUAGCUCUCUCUGCGCUAACCACAAGCUGUAACCAAGGUUUGCCCUGUGAUUUUCUGAGUCAUGGUUUGUUGGCUUAGCACAGCAGCAAAACUAGGAGGGAGGAAUGAACUGACCAUUAUUGCCUCUUCCAGAGCCCACAAGCCAGUCCAGCUAAACCAUCAUUUGGCUUAGCAUAACAAUACGGAACAGGACAUACAUCAGCUGCUUUAACACUGUACCCUCAAAGUGCUGAUACUCCACUUUGAAUAAGCCUGAAUAUUUUGGAAUAGAUUUUAUUUCCUUGUUUCAAAGAAGAAUCUGCUUAAAAGUUGUGCUGAGCCAAUGCAAUACCCCAAACCGACAGGGUCAAUGUAGACCAAUGAAACCCUCCCUUGAGAUAAUUUCCUCACAUCAAUCUGAAUUUGGGCCUUGGCUACAACAGUUUAACAGCUUCCAUUCUGGAAAUCUUUUAAUUUUGUGUAUCUUCUCCUGAUGCUGCACAUACCAAAUUACAACACGCAGUUUCCAGUGGCAAGGUAACAAGGACAUUUGUGGACCCCUGCUCUGCAAAAACGAACAAGGCUUCUGCGUCUUUAAAUGGUUGCAGGGCUUGGAAUUCCUAUAGCGACCACUCCUCUCGUUGUUGUAUGAGAUGGUGAACAUACUGAAACUUCCUCCAACUCUUUAAAACAAGCAGUGUCCUGAGGUUGUGUUUGAAGACUUUUCUCAUCAAUAAGAAUGCACACAAGCUAAAUAAGCACAACGAGGGGCAGCCAUUUUUUUGUUUUCCCAGUCACCCCACUGCCCCUACUUGAUUGGAUAUCCAGAUUAAGUAAGGGAGAUGGUGUUUGCAACUAAAAUAAUAAUAAUAAUAAUAAUUCCAGCCCACCCAAAUAACUGUACUACCUCCACUUGUGUUCUGUUUCCUGUUCUGCAAAGCCACCCAAAGCAUUGGCAUCAUAAGCCUCAAGUGCCUCUUGCAAAUGUUCCAAUACCUGCAGUGACAGCCAAGCCAGAGAGGUUGAAAUAUAGCGCUGUCAACCUUGCCAGUUGGGCUAGGCAGCUCCUUCUCUGCUCUAAGGUGGGGCAUAGCAGGUGCUUACUAUUAAUCAAUGUGUCAUUCGGAGGGACCUCUGCAAAUCUGCAAGGGAUCAUUAAGACAAGCCCCAAAAUAUACAGAAAGCAAGAAACGUUACAGCCAUCACCACCUGAGCAUGUUCACUAAAUAACAAUUUUGCAGUUCUCAUCUGCACUGCUGCAUUUAUUGAUAGAUAGAUAGAUAGAUAGAUAGAUAGAUAGAUAGAUUAUGUCUGCAUCUGGGGAGGGAAAGGUGCAUUACUCUUUUUACAGAGGGAAAGGGAUAAAAAAAGAACUCAACUGCCAGAAGACAAAAUGAUGUUGCUUCAAACACACCCAAGAAAUCUGGUUUGUGCAAAAGACCUUCUGCAGACCAAACUGGACCCAAGGAGAGUGGGAUGCAGCCAGUUAUAUCGAACAGUUGUGCUUCCAGCAACAAACAGGGCAUUCAUAAAAACUGGAAGAGCCUCUGUUCUGGGGCUUUAAGUUCUGCAAAUGAAACAAUCCACUGCUGACGCUUUUCAGAGGGAGUGUUUUUUUAAAAAAAGUGUUUCGGGGGGAGGGAGGGAGAUGCCUCAGCUGCAGAAAAUGUUAUAUGCAGAAUAUCAAUUAAAAAUAAACACACAUGCGACGCUGAAAAUGAAUGAGAGCUACUGUUGAGCAUUGUCACUCAUUACUGAAAAGGUUGCCCCAAGGCAAAAUGAACAGUAUAAUAGAAAAUAUAUGGAAAGCUGGGGUUGGGGAGGAGGAAUGGCAAAGAGGAGGCUGAGUGAAGGGGGGGGCGGGGAGACAGACUACGCAUUAUGCGCUUUAUAAGUAAAACGGGAAAAUAAGGCAUUUUGACACUCUAACAUACAUAGUUUGCAUUUUCAUCAACUAAAAAGGAGCACCUAGUCUGCUUUCCUAAUAGCAGCUACACCAUUUCCACACUUGCACCAGAAAAAGGAAACAUCUGGUGCUAACUGCCAUUGUAGUCCAACCCCUUAUAAAUGUUUCAAUGAGUUCUGAGCUAUUCAGCCAGAGGCUUUUUACACAAAACAGUAUCCCUUUAGUGAUACCAGGGUGAUAAAGAACCCCAGUCCAUACAUUCAACAGGUAGACCAUGCCUUCUGCCUAAAUGGCAGAACAGCAGUUUGCAGAUCCCACACCUUAAUGGUUACUCUUGCUUGAGACAAAACCAGCUGAGCUCAGAAUACCUCAGUUAUGUCAAUGUUUGAUCUGUAUGUGAAGCCAUCAAGCAAGCUGGAGGUUGAGGGGUUGCAGGAGGAGAAACAGGAACGGAGAAACAAGGAUUACAAACCAUUUAUAUGUGCAAGGUUCUGUCUCAUUUUAGGAGAUCGGUCCACAUGUGACCUUCAUAAUUGACCAAAAGGGUAUUUCAAGGCUGUCCUUGGAGUGGGGAGGGGGUGCCCCUGUUAUUUUGCAAAUGCUUGUCCACAAAUCUUCUCCUGGGUUACAUUGGGAGUUGAAACAGUAAGUAAAAUUGUUUAUUUUCCAACCAAGUUGUGUCUCUAGCCUUCACAAACCUCCCUGAAGAGACCAACAGGUAUCUUACAUCAUCUCCAGACACCCCAAAUUUAACUGGUUUGUACUCUCAGCCCCAAAACUAGGGUCCCCCUUUUCAAUGUGGAAAAGAAUAUUCAGAGGUGUUCUAUUUUUCCUGAACGAUGCCAGGCUGUCAAUUCCACAGCAACAUGAACCUCCUCUUCCUGGCAACAUAUAGGAAAUGCACAGCUUUUUCUAACAAGAUAACAAACCCCCAAAUUAUUAAGUUCUAUACGGGUACUCUUUGAGAACAUUUUGGUCCCACGGACUAGUUUUAAGGAGUAACAGGUGCACUCAAGCAGAGGACAGGAAGGACAUUGCCUUUUAGUGAUAAGAAAAGCACAAGGAAAUCUUUGGAACGUACUUAUUAAGAGAGAGAAAGAAGUAGCAGCGUUAGUAGUAAAAAGUUAAAGAUGGGAUUGGUCAGGGUUUGGAAGAUGUUACUCCCCACCUGUUUGAAAAGCUGCGGUGCUCCUUUUCUAAACUACAUUUAGAAGACAACCACACUUUGGCUGUAAUGCAAGCAAAACUUAAAAUUCUGUUGUUUUUCUAAGGGCUCGGCAUAUUUCGCAUAGUAUUCUUGACACCAGCCCUGUAAAGUAGACCAGCAUUCUACCCUACUGCAGGUUGGAGGCAGAGGUUGAGACAUAUCAACUUGCCUAAAGUUUCCGUGUGAGCUUAUAGAGCAGGUGAGAUUUGAGCAGAGGCUUGCCUGGUUCCUAUUUUAUUAUCCUCUGGAGGCUUGGAGAAGACUUAUUUCCCCAGUUUUUUAAGAUAACAAUCUUAAUCUGGCUGCUUCAUGCUGGCAUGGUGCCAGUAUUCAGCACGAUGGGGGGAAAUGCCAAGGGCUGGUACCAGAUCAGCUAAUGCAACUCUGCUGGGUGGCAGCUACGGCAAGCAGAAAUCCAUCCCCUUGGCAUGGGUGCCACCUUGUUAAUGGCACUGGCACCCCUACACACAGAAAGAGAGUAUAUACAUACACCACAGUUGGGGCUGACAGUCUUAGCAGUGGCGCCAGCCAAGUACAUAUGGGUAAGCCAUUGAGGGGGCAACCUGGUACUAGCUGCACUGAGCAGGGCUUUGGGCCUGACCAGAGUGCAUGUGCUAGCUGGCACCACACAGUUUAUGAUGCCAGUCCCACCAAGGACGUAUGCAUGUCAAAGGGCAAUGCCGGUGUCCUUAACAGGGUGGUGCCAGGAAAUAAAUGCAGACUGAGUGGGGCCAGAGCUCUGCUUGCCACUAUGGGUUGCACCCACUAGCUAUUAAGGAACCUCAGGGAUGCACACACCACAAGCGACUUACCUAGGGGACCAACAGAGCCUGAAAAUCUGGGUUCUCGUAUUAUAAUUUCCGCUUCUAAACCUAGUUUUUUGCUAGAUUGGCUUGUUCAUUUUCGUAGCAUUUGCUGCUAUGUCGAAGUGAACUAACCCUGCCAGAAUCAGAAAAGAGCUCAAAAACACACCAGAUCAAGGACACCGCAACACAGCAACUGCAGAAAUAGAAGGAGGGUUUUUGCUGGGAAAAAUAUUGUUUGAAUUAAAGUAUCACGAGCGUGGCCAGCGUCCUGGGAAUUCUGAUGCUCUCAAAAGAAAACUUUUAAACUCUUCCCUGUUCUCUCCUGGCUUCGAGUUCAUCUGUUGAAACAUCGAUAAUGUUUAAGUAUCUGAAACAGCAGGGUAGCUGUGUUUGUAAGCCAUGCGAAGGCUGCAAUUGCAAUACCGCCUUCUCAAUGUAAUCUCUCUCCACUCCCCUCUCGGUCCCUUUCCAGAGCUACAGGCAUGAAGAUGCAGGCCAAAGUACAAGCAAGGGAAAUUAGCCAACCGGAGCUGCUGCGGAGGCUCACCUCCUCCCUAACCCCAUGUGGCAUCUCUGGACCAAUCAACAAGCUCCACCCAGCUGUUCACCCAGCUCCCCGCACCCAAUGACUGACAGCAGUGCACUGUUACUGCAGAAGGUGUCAUCCAUCACUGGAGAAAGAGAGCUUUUCAGUGUACCAGAAACUUUAGACAUCUUAAAUCCAUCCUAACACCUGCAUUUUCUCCUUCCACACCCUGUUCUUUUCUCUCUUUUUAAGGGGGUGGGGUGUGAUUUGAAUGCAUGCACACAUACAGAUAAGAGACCCAAAAGCAGACAAAAAAAAAACUUUUAAACUUCUUGUUAUAACAUGGUUUUCAGCCACUGCAAAAAAAAAAUAAACUCUGCAUACAAACAACUUGUUAAGGAUCU